GGAAGCCAUCAGUGAGUCAGAGCGGGUAGUUGUUAUUAUCAAUGUGAUAAGAGUCUAUACGAUGGCGUGCUUUUCGCCCCACGAAUGCUCAUCGAAAUACGACCCUAGAGCCAAGAAAUUCCAGAUGCCGAUUUAAAAGCGUCGUAUCGCUCCAUAUUUGCCCUGGAAAACUUACGUACGGUUUCUGCUUUCAUUCUCCGGCGUAUUGAGAGGAAAUAUCCGUGACAAUGGCAUUGUCCACGGCUGCUUCCGCGGACGAGAAACAUGUCGACAUCAAAUCAGCAGCGACCGCUAGUUCAUCAACCGUCAAGGGCGAUGGCGCGCUCCAGCUUCUCGCGGCCGGUGGUGAAGCUGGCACACUUGACCCCGAGGCCUCACACCGACUAGUCCGCAAGAUCGAUCUUUACGUGAUGCCGCUGAUCUGCAUCGUGUAUUUUCUACAAUAUCUGGAUAAAAUCGCCAUCAGUUAUGCCAGUGUGACGGGUCUUCGGGAGUCGGCCAAUCUUCAUGGGAACCAGUUCAACUGGGUCUCCAGCAUGUUUUUCUUCGGACAGUUGGCGUUUCAAUUCCCGACGACCCGUCUCAUCCAGGCAUUUCCCCUUGCUCGAUACGUCGCCUUCAAUGUGACAGUCUGGGGCACGAUACUAGCAUGCAUGGCCGCGUGCCAUUCCUUUGCGGCAUUGAUGAUAUGCCGUACGUUGCUUGGCGCUGCCGAAGCCGCAGUGGUGCCGGCUUGGGUAGUGUUCACGUCACAAUGGUAUCGCAAGGAGGAACAGGCUUUUCGAGUUGGAUUGUGGUUCUCCAUGUGUGGCUUUGCGCAAAUGUUCGGAGGGUAUAUUGCAUACGGUGUAGCCAUCCAUAUCGGCGGCGAUCCUACUGCUUCGCUCCGCGGAUGGCAGGUAAUUUUCCUCAUCUUAGGCUUGUUCACUGUCGUGAUUGGCAUCUUGUUCUUCUUCAUCCUGCCGGACUCGCCUGUGACUGCUCGGUUUCUAUCACCAGAAGAGAAGGCCCUGCAUGCAGAGCGCCUGCGAAGCAACGUCCAGGGCAUCGGCAGUAACGUGUUCAAGAAAGCCCAAGUGUAUGAAGCUCUUAAAGACCCGAACACAUGGCUGUAUUCCUUCUGGGUUUUGGCUGCCAAUGUACCGAAUUCUAUCGCGACUAGUUUCGGGAACAUUCUCGUGUCGGGCAUGGGCUAUUCGCAGACGCAGAGUCUCCUGCUAGUGACACCUUUAGGUGCCUACGAAGUUGUUGCCCUCGUCGGGCUGACCUACCUCGCUAUGAAAACCGAACAACGACUCCUCUGGUGCAUAAUUGGUCACAUCCCCUCGAUCGUGGGUGCAAUCCUCAUGGCAACCACAGACAAGGCCCCCGCCCUUGUCGGCUACUAUCUCACCGGCGGCAUUCCAAUCGGGUGGACCACUAUCCUGGGCCUAACAAGUACCAACAUCGCUGGGUCAACGAAGAAGAUCACUGUCUCAUGUAUCCAAACGAUCGCAUACACGGUCGGAAAUAUUAUUUCGCCCCAGACUUUCCAGGCGAAGGAUGCCCCGCAGUAUCUGCCUGCCAAGAUCUCAAUCGUCAUUUUAUACGUUCUUGUCACGCUGGAUCUUUGCCUAAUUCGCUGGCUGUCGAUCCGGGAGAAUCGCCGGAGAGACCAAGAAAAGGAGGCGCUUGGCGAUGCGUAUAUCGUGCCGCAGAAUCAUGAGUUUUUGGACCUAACCGAUCGGGAGAAUCCCGAGUUUCGGUAUGCGAUUUGACAUUCUCUGACAUUGUAUAUAUAUAGCACCAACAUAAUAAUGGAUGUGACAUGACAUAUGAAUGAAUAUAUAGCGGAUCUGCGCAUUAGAAAGAAGAUCGCAAUUAAAACAUCAGAAGAGGAGGGGCAUGGUCGGCUAACGUUCAUUUCCGCCUAAUACGCAAAAUACAACCAACUCGCAGUCAUUGCCGCAAUAUCUCCGCACCAUGAUCUGCAUUCCCCGCAAGGGGUUGACAUUCAGGCUAAUUGCUUGCAUGAUAACAAGGUUAU